CGCCGCCUCUCCUUGGGCCCCUUCUCUCCCUCUUUCCCCUCCCCGCCGUCUCCUGGCCUAGUCAAAUACUGCACAGCAAGCCCUGAUUCCCCAUCACCAGUUCGGCUGGGGCGGAUCAGGCCUCCGCGCCCUCUCAGGGCGCUCGGCAAGAACGCAGACAAGAUGAACAUACUGGCGCCUGUGCGGAAGGACCGCGUCCUGGCCGAGCUGCCCCAGUGCCUGAGGAAGGAGGCCGCUUUGCAAGUGCACAAAGACUUCCACCCCCGGGUCACCUGCGCCUGCCAGGAGCACCGGACAGGCACCGUGGGCAGAUUUAAGAUCUCCAAGGUCAUUGUUGUAGGAGACCUGUCAGUGGGGAAAACUUGCCUCAUUAAUAGGUUCUGCAAAGACACCUUUGAUAAGAAUUAUAAGGCCACCAUUGGUGUAGACUUUGAGAUGGAACGAUUUGAAGUGUUGGGUGUCCCCUUCAGUCUGCAGCUCUGGGAUACCGCUGGACAGGAGAGGUUCAAAUGCAUUGCAUCCACCUACUACCGAGGAGCUCAAGCCAUCAUCAUUGUCUUCAACCUGAAUGAUGUGGCCUCUUUGGAACAUACCAAGCAGUGGCUAGCUGAUGCACUCAAGGAGAAUGACCCUUCCAGCGUGCUUCUCUUCCUCGUGGGUUCCAAGAAGGAUCUGAGUACCCCUGCUCAGUAUGUGCUGAUGGAGAAAGAUGCAGUCAAGGUGGCCCAAGAGAUGAAGGCUGAGUACUGGGCAGUGUCAUCACUCACCGGUGAGAAUGUCCGGGAAUUCUUCUUCCGGGUGGCGGCACUGACCUUUGAGGCCAACGUGCUGGCUGAGCUGGAGAAGUCAGGGGCCCGGCGCAUUGGGGAUGUUGUCCGUAUCAAGAGCGAUGACAGCAAUCUCUACCUAACAGCCAGCAAGAAGAAGCCCACAUGUUGCCGUGAGGGAUGAGGGGUCUGUCCAGAAACUACCCAGCCCUGGGGUACUGUGCCACCCUGACUCCCACAGAGCUUCACCCCUAAACAUUUGCACUGACUGGAGUUUUUGGACCAAAGAGCUUCCCCUUGGUGGCAAUACCCCCAGGGGAGUAGCUGGGACCAUGCUAGUCUCUUCCUGCCCCCAGGCACCAAGCCAAAGACUGGAUGCCCCAACCCCUCUCCAGGGGCUCUCUAGGGUACCCGGCAGGGAAAGACUGGGGAUGACCCCUAAUGUUUUGCUCAGCCUGCUGGGCCCUUUGGGCAUGAAGAUGCCUAAUGAUCCCAGCUCCCGUGUGCCUUAUGCAUUAAAACCUCUGUGUUAUUAGCACUUUGGGGACUGGAGUCCUUUGCUGGGGAGGAGGAAGUGGAGUGAGUAGGGCUGUGUGGCCAUUUUGGGGACUGGAGCCUCCUGCUGGGAUUCUGACUAUUCCCGGUCCUUGGAUAGGGCUCAGACAGGCUGGGAGCUCAGGGACCAGACUUUGGGGGGCUGUACUCUUUGGGGGGCUGCACUGGGCCUUCACUGGGUGAGAUCUGAAUGGCCUUUCCUCUGGUCCCUUCUCCCAUGUAUGUCUGCAUACUUGGUGCUUUUAUUAUGCCCACAUUUCUACCACUGGAAUCUUUUUUUAACCGUCUUCCCGCCUUCUCUCUUAAAAAUAUUUCUCUGAAUACAAUGAGAAGUGAUUGAGUUUUGGAUGCUUUUUGGAUUGACCAGAAAGCCUAGGGAGGGUGGGAGCCUAGCUCUUCAUUCAGAAGAUGCGCUCUGAGUUAGGAGAACCUGCAGUUGAAUCCUCAUGUUUAUCCUUAUUAACAAUGGGAACUCGGGCAAAUCACUUACCCUCUGUGCCUUGAUUUCCUCAUCUGUAAAAUGGUCCUGAGAAUACUGAAUUCAUGAGGUUAUACAGAUGAAAUAAGAGAAAGCACUUAACACAUUGUGAGAGUUCAAAAACCUUCACUAAUAUAAUAACCAUUUUGGGGAAGAGUGACUGUUGA